UUAGUGAAAAUCUUAGGAUUGGCUACUUGUAGAUUUAUACAAUGCCUUAAACCCAGCUGUUAUCUGAUUACAAAUUAGUCAAGACGAAAGUUUACGAGUUUCUUAAAUACAACACGCAAAAGUCAAAUAAUUGUUUAAAUUUUUCAAGAUUCAAGUAUGACGGCAAUUGCUGGUGGUCAUGGUGAGCCAAACCCCAAUGCUACAUGGUUGGGUGCGCGUGGGAUGUGGUUGGCCUAUGGCUUAGGUGUGCUGACAGUACACUUAAUUCUAUUGUCGGUUCCAUUUAUUAGCAUUCCAAUGGCUUGGACUAUUACAAACCUGCUGCACAAUGCGGCACAUUUAUACUUUUUGCACUUAAUAAAGGGAGCACCUUGGUUAAGCAUUGAAAAUGAUGGUGCACGUCGUUUAACUCAUUGGGAACAAAUUGAUGAUGGUGAACAGUUUACAGCAACGCGCAAGUUUCUUACAGCUGUUCCGAUUGUACUAUUUUUGUUAACCUGCAUCUAUACAAGAAAUGAUCCUGAUCAUUUUAUUGCAAAUUUUAUUUCACUUGUGCUGGUCACCCUGCCCAAACUACCACAAUUCCAUGGUGUUCGCCUCUUCAAUAUAAAUAAAUACUGAAUUGUAAUUUCUUAAAAGGUUUUGGGAGAUACUAGAUAAUGGAAACUGUUAUGUGUUUGUAAUUUUUAGACUGAAAGGAUAAAAUCAUUUCAAAGUUAAUAUUAAUAAAUUAUUAUAUACAUACUUCUACUUGGUAUUAAUCUAUUUUUAUUACCACAUAGCAUAGACAGUUACAGGUGAAAAAUAAUUAAUAAAUAAAUUGUGCAUAUAUGAGAUAUAUUAACUCAUAUGAAUGUAACCGAUAGACAGGAUUUUUAAUUAAAUACUAGUUUUUCUGAAUUACUAAACAAAGAAAGUAGUUGAAAUAGUUAUUAAUUAACUGUAAAAAAUAGUACUCUUAUUAAUAAAAUAUACGUUCUCUGUUAUAUAUUAUAUUUCAAAUACCCGGAAUUGAAUUAAAUGCUACCUCUUAUUUAAUUGAACAAAAAUAUGUUAUUUAUACUCGAGCUUUAACGUUAUAUUGCACUUUAUAAAAGUAUUGUAUUCAAAUUCAAAAUUUUAUAUUUUUUAGUAAUGACUAUUCAUAAUUACAAAUAAAUGCCAUAUAUCUUUUUAAGCAGAAGAGGCAAUCUUAAGCAUUUUGGAGAUGGUAUUUCUCAUCAAUCUAAAAAAUAAUAUCGAUAAUCUGAUUACUAUUGUACUUUAUGUAAUUAUGAUCCGUUAUUAUAAUGUAAUUGUUAAAAUAAUAAAUUGAAUAGCAUAUUCUUGGAAUAUAAAAAUGGUCCAAAAUAUUUACCACGGUUUUCGUUAUUUUAAUAUCCAUAACUAGCUCUUUCACUAUUGUACAAUUUACGGAUAAACUAACAAUCUUAUCGAUAAAUUUAAGAAGUGGAUUUAUGUCAAUACCUUGCUCCACAUCUCUAGUGCCAAUUUAAAAUAGUCGACUGUCACCAAGAAAUUGUUACUAAGCUCAAACAAAAUUAUCUUUCAUAUUUGCCAUCGUUGCAGCUUUCGUCGUCUUUGUGGUCUGUGCACUCUAUUUAGUGUGUUCAUUUGCUAUUGUUGAUUGAACUGUUCCAUUAGAAAAGCUUUGAGCUCACAGCUAGUUAUUUGCAAAAUUUAUUUUGGAAAAUAAUCAAUUAAAAAAAUAGUAUAGUGCCUGCAAAGCAGUUGAAAAAUAGCCAAUCUGUUGAAUUUCCCGCAAUUAUAUCUGCAAACGACAUCGUCUUCGUCACACAGUGCACGGACUAACAACAUGCCAGUACACGAAUUUAAAGUGGAAAUGACCUGUUCAGGAUGUGCAAACAGUGUCGAGCGGGUCUUAAACAAGCUGGGAGCGGAAAAAGUUGAGAAGAUCACUAUUGAUCUCGAUUCCAAAACGGUGUUGGUGACAUCGAAUUUGACAGCCGAUGAAUUGCUGGAGACGAUUAAGAAGACUGGCAAAGCGACUCAAUAUGUUGGGGUAAAGGAAUGAAAUGAACUUUUUUGUAAGUUCCGUAAGAUUGCCAAAUUGAAAAUGGAAGUUUAAAGGCGGAUAUACAACAAAGUAUUGAUAAGUCGAGAGCAAGCUGAAAUCUACAUUGGCAAUUACAUUGUAAUCUUUUUAAAUCGUUUGAAACGAACAUAGAAAUUAAAUUUCAGGAAGUGUAGAUAAAUAUUAUGAAAUAUAAAAUUAAAAAUAAAAGAAAUAGCUGUACACACACUUUAAAAUUAAACACAUUAUUAUAAACUACGAA